UUUUUUUUGGUUUUUUUCGAUUUAAAUGAUACCUUUUCAUUUCUUUUUUCCUCUUCCUUUUUAUCUUUUUUGUUUUUCAAAUGUCUUUUUCGCGCUCGCCACCUCAGUCGCCUUCUUCACAUGACGACUGGUUAUCGCGUGGACCUCAUUCAGCAAAGACAUACUCUUCGGGCUCAUCACGACAUGCUUCUCGAACACAAUCAUUUGGCUCUGCUUCGAGUCGCGCCCAAUCUAUCGGCAAUAUCGAAGCUACCGCUAAAAUUUAUUAUGCUGAACUUAAGGCUUAUUUAAAGGAGCUGUUAGCCCAAGAGGCUAUUGAAGGCCCUCAUCCACAGCGAGUGGCUGCACGUCAGAAGCUAACUCGAUUAAGUAACCUUCAAUUUCAUGAACUUGCAAUGGAUGUCUAUGAUGAAGUUGUCCGUAGAAACAAAAACGAUAAAUUUCUUCCCUUCCUGCCCGUAAAGGAAGAGUUCCACCCCAAAAGAAAUCAAGCAAGGCAAAAACUAGCCACAUUGCCUGUACCUCGUUUCCAAGAUUUAGCGAGUGAUGUAUAUAGUGAAUUGACGAGACGAUUUUCUAGUUUAGUUGAAAGCGAUCCACCUGUGCCUCAAAUGCCUGGGAAAUCUACCAAUAUCAUACCAGUCAAAGGAACAAUCAGCGUAGAAAACUUGGAUCGAUUUUCUGGAGAUGAAAGCACAAUGGCUUAUCAUAAAAAAUCAAGCUCAAAAACACCUAUUUCACCGAGUGAAUCUAAAGACUAUUUUAGCCGAUCCUCAAACACUGAAGUGGAGAAAAUAAAAUCAGAUUAUGAAUACCAAAUCAAUAUCAUGACAAAUAGAAUCAAAGAGUUACAACAUCAAGUAGAUCAGCAUAAUUCAAACAAAUCAAGCAGGGAAUUAGAGUCGCUGAAAAUGAAAGAGCAAGAUGAUCAACGCAUGCUGAACCAAAUACAAGAUCAAUAUCAGUCACUUAAAGAAAAAUACGAUAAACUCAACCAAGAAUACAGUCAACAACAAGAGGCUGUGCGUGAAGUCAAGAGAGAAACAAAACAAAUAAAAAAAGAAAAUGUGAUACAAGAGCUAAGAAAAGAGAUUAAAGAUUGGCAUAUGAAAUAUGAUAAAGCGAGAAUUGAAUUACGAAGCAUGAAAGCUGCUUCUGUUAUAGAAUCAGGUUAUUCUCAAAAUAUUAUCAAAGAAAACUACUUGCAGCCAACUAGAGAUGGUGUCAUUGCUCAAGACGCUAUCUUGACAUAUCAAGCACAUAUUGAUGAUCUAUUGUUUUCAGCUAGAUCCAGAGAUCCUUCUCAAGUCAUUCACAUCAUGAAGAAUAUUGUGUCUGUAUGUAGAUCUAUUACAGAAGAAAUUGAAAGCAAAGAGACAAAAUUAUCGCCCAACACUAAGCAUUCACUCUAUGAGUUAAAGACUCGCUUUUCAACAUCCUUGUCUGAUUUGUUAGUAUCAGCUAAAUAUCAUGCGAACGGAAUGGGCAUUUCUCCUGUUAGUCUAUUAGAUCGCUCAGCAAGUCAUUUGACAGCUGUAAUAGUUGACUUGGCAAAAUUGCUUGGUAUGCAUGAUACUCCUACUAUAGAAGGCAGAAGCUCCCCUCCUCCUCUUCCCCUAAUGAGAGCAAAUAGUGGACCAAAACGAGAUACAGAUUCAAUUGGAUUCAACAGUCCUUUUCUAAGUAAUAAACAGCAAGAAAAUGGACAAACGCCUGCUGCUUUAGCGAAAUAUCUCAAAACAGAAACAGAUUUGAUUGUACAAACUAUUCAAAAUUUGCUUGCAGCACUUCGUCUGCCACAGCAAAAUGGUGAAGCACACAUGAUUAUCACAGAACUCGUCAAGAUUGUUACAACAAUCAUUGAACUUGCCAAAGCUACAUGUAAAACAUCUCUUGGCUAUCCUUACCGUUCAGCAUGUGAUCCUAUAUUGGAUCAGCUCUUUUCAUGUUCACGACGUAUUGGCGUGAUUCAGCAGCAAUACUUUGGACGAGGCGCUAGCGCAACUGCUAUUGCUAAAAGAGAUCUUGCAAGGGAGUCUUACGAAAUUGCUAAAUUUACCAAAGAAUUAAUUGCAUUAUUUGAAGAUGAAUCAAAAUAAUUCUGUACUAUAUAAUUUAUUAAUAAUUAAUGCAUGUAUAUUUUGCCUAUUAAACAUAGUUUUUUUGUUUUUUUAAGAAA